CCAGUUAAAUACGUUUUCUCACAUUGAUAUAUUCAUGAAAUAAUAUUAAAGAAAAUUGAAAAAUGAAUAGUACAGAAACGAUUCAAGAAAUUUUGGGUGUUAAAUUUUCUUGGCACGAUUAUUCUUUUUUUACAUUGAUGUUAAUUGCCAGUGCUAUUAUUGGGGUUUAUUAUGGAUUUUUUAAGAAGCAGCGAACUGCGCAAGAUUAUUUAUUAGGUGGUAAAUCAAUGGGUAUUAUACCUGUUGCUUUGUCGUUAACAGCAAAUAACGUCUCUGGAGUAACCCUUCUUGCCGUUCCAUCCGAUGUCUACAUGCAUGGUAUUUCUUAUUGGUUUACCUACGUAUCUCUGGUAAUCGUAAUUUUCGUCUCGUAUAAAGUAUUCGUCCCAGUUUUUGCGAAUUUAAAAACACCCAGCUCGUUUGAGUAUUUAAAAAGAAGAUACGAUACUAAAACUAGAAUGUUGGGUUCGAUGUUAUAUCUGAUAAGUGCCAUUUUGUAUUUACCAGUUGUAAUGUACAUGCCAUCUUUAGCUUUAUCACAAGCAACUGGAAUGAAUAUCCAUUUAAUAAACAUUUUAGUUUGUACAGUUUGUAUAUUUUAUACAAGCGUUGGAGGUUUAAAAGCUGUGGUAUAUUCAGAUGCUUUACAAACGGUUAUUAUGAUUGGAGCUUUAGUGAUUGCUUUUAUACUGGGUGUUGUUAGAUGUGGAGGGUUUGAAAAUGUUUGGAAUACGUCUUACGAGCACAAUAGAUUAAAAUUAAAAUUUGAUAUCGAUUUUACGUUAAGAAACGCUUUUUGGGCUGUCACGUUCGGCCAAUUUAUGACAUGGUUAAGCUUUUUAGGAGUUUCUCAAGUUUACAUUCAAAAGUGUCUAGCAAUACCUUCAGAAAAAGACGUAAUCAAAGUUCUAACAAUUUUUGCACUUGGAAUAUUUGUGAUUGGGUCAUUAUGUAAUUUCACAGGAUUAAUUAUGUUUACCGAAUAUUCAAAUUGUGAUCCGGUCAAAUCCGGAAUUUUAGAGAAACAAGAUCAAUUGCUUCCAUAUUACAUCUUGGAUAUUUCAAAACAACUUCCAGGAUUAGCAGGAUUAUUUAUAGCAGGAAUUUUUGGGGCGGCUUUAAGCACAUUAGCUGGAAUGUUAAAUAGCUUAUCGUGUACGAUUUUCGAAGAUUUUAUUUCGAAAUAUAUUCCAAAAAAUACGACUCAAUUAACGAUAAGUCGAAUACUGAAGUUGAUCGUUUUAAUUAUUGGAAUUGUAGCAACCGGAUUGGUUUUUGUUGUUGAAAAGUUGGGCGGAAUGUUAGCUUUAUCUUUAAGCUUAUCUGGAAUAACAGCUGGACCUAUUUUGGCGCUUUUUGUUGGAGGAAUGUUAAUUCCAAAAAUGAAUGAAAAGGGAGCUUAUUAUGGUUCCGUUACAUCAUUAAUUCUAAUGACAAUCAUUGUAUUUGGAUCACAAUAUUACCAAAAUAGUGGUUAUUUAACAACUGUACCAUUACCAACUUCAAUCGAGGGAUGUACGUUUUUGAAUUCAACAAUAACCCAAAAUUAUGAUUUUAAAAUAGACGGAAAUUCGACGUCGCAUACAAUAAACGAAGUUCCUUACAUUUUUCGGGUACCUUUUUAUUGGUAUUGCACAAUAGGAUUUGUUUUCGCUAUUUCACUUGGUUUAUUAAUCAGCCAUUUUAGUAAAUCUAAAAAAAAUAUUGAUAAAGAACUAUUUAGUCCGGUUAUUUAUCGUUUUCUUUCUAGAAAUAGUGACGAAACUAUUUACGUUUCUGAAAAGUUAAUGGAGUCUAAAUAAUUAAAAAAUAUUUAUUUCACAACUAA